CAUCCCAUUGUUAACAAGCUUACAAUGCUCCUCGUCAUCAUAGUCACCACAAUACUGUUAGGAGUUGAGGGAUCAGAUUACAGAUCGGAACUAACAGACCCUGCGUGGCAAGAUGUGUUCUCCAAUGGUGGUAUGCAUAUAGGCAGAGGAAGGACAAAGCGGUUUGUACAACUCAAUGAAAGUCAGCCUAACAUCGCAUACCAAGAAUGCGUGUUGCCAAAUGGCAAAGGAGGUCACUGUAGACAUCUGCACUACUGCGUCCAGGAUGACUUCAAACAGAACAUACUCAAGUUUACGCAGUAUCUAUGCCUUAUAGAGAGUGUUAGCAUAGGUGUAUGUUGUCCAGAUGUAGAAGGCCCAGAAGGACUCGCUGGAGAUUUACCGGCCACCGCGCCUCUUGAAGAAUCCAAUGAUCUCCUAAAUAAAAUUACUCGAGAAGAAAACAGAGGUUGUGGUCUCAGUACCCGACCGCAUGAACGCGUGUUUGGCGCUAGACCAGCAAAUCCACGGGAGUGGCCGUGGAUGGCGUCCAUCACCCCGGUAGGCUUUGAACAGUACUGCGGAGGUGUACUCAUUACUGAUCGCCACAUUCUUACAGCUGCACAUUGUACAAGAAGAUGGAAAGCAGAAGAUCUGCGAGUUCGGCUGGGCGAGUACGACUUCAAUCGAAACAAUGACUCCCGUUCAUACAAUUUCCUUGUGAGCGAAAUCCAUCAACAUGCAGACUUUGAAUUACCAAGCUACCACCACGACAUCGCAAUUCUAACACUCCACAGGCCCGCAGUGUUCAACACUUAUGUUUGGCCAAUAUGUCUUCCGCCACUCGGGUUGAAAUUGACGAAUAAAACUGCUGUUAUUAUUGGAUGGGGAACACAGUUCUAUGGUGGACCACAUAGUCAUGUAUUAAUGGAGGUGGCUGUACCAGUAUGGGAUCAACAGAAGUGCAUCGACGCUUUCGUGGACUCUGUCUUUGAGGAGAGCAUUUGCGCUGGGGGCUACGAUGGCGGGAAGGAUGCUUGUCAGGGCGACAGCGGUGGACCACUUAUGCACCAGCUUCCUAGCGGACGGUGGAUCAUCGUGGGAGUGGUGUCGUGGGGUAUACGGUGUGGCGAGCCCAAUCACCCCGGUAUUUACACACGCAUCGAGAAAUACCUAUCCUGGAUUGUGGAGACUGUUCGAUUUUAACGAUAACUAACGGUGGUAUUUAGUAGUAGUGUAGUAGUAGUUUAAACAAUGUAUUGUAAUAUUAAAAUUAAAGAACUUCAUUUCAAAGUUUAUUCACGUUUGUUUAGAAUUAUUUGUAUAAACAACAUAAUAAUAUUAUGCAUAGGGUGGCUAACGUUCCUAAAUAAAAUAACAGAUUAUUUAUA